AUGCAUUUGGAAGCAGAUGACCGGGUAGUUGUUGAUGAGGGUCAUGAGAUUGCGUGGCUAGUGAUGGUCGGAUAUACACAAUUAGAGCCUGCUCCUGCUCCUGCUCCUGCUCCUGCUCCUGCUCCUGCUCCUGCUCCUGCUCCUGCUCCUGCUCCUGCUCCUGCUCCUGCUCCUGCUCCUGCUCCUGAACCUAAACAUGUACCAGCACCAGUAUCUCCCAAAGUAAUGUUGGUUCUGCCAAUCAAUACACUUGCUGGCCGGAUGACCAACAAGGGCAAAUGGCCUGACCACAGAUCUCACAGAUUAAGAGAAGAUGACUCAGAUGCUGAGACCAGCAGGAAGAAAUGCAAGAAUGAGGAUGAUCAACCAACAGGGACCAUUGUGAUUAGACAGCCAACUAGGAUGGGUGCAUCUUUGCCCGCAGUGCCAACAAAGUCCAAGGAUGCAACCAAAGAGGUAAAACAGGUGGAAGUGAGGACUAAGAUUGGCCGAGUGCAGCCAAAGACGAAAGGAAAGGGAAAGGAGAAGGUCAAGAAAAUUACCAAGCCAGAACAGUACAUACCUGGCUGUCAGAGAUGUGACAGCAAGCCUUGUUUGGUUGUCAUUGGAUGCAAGGGGCAGGCCAAAAAGCCCAUCUCUAUAACCACCAGAGCAGCCAUGCAUCAGUUUCAACCAACACUGAUCUUGGUGUCUGAGGAUGCUAUGGAUGAUACUGGUCAACCUAUCUUUCUUUCAGAUCAGGUUGUCCAAGGUAAUGAUGACACUGAUAUGCCCGAUGUCACUGACCUCCAGCAGGAGACUGAUAUCGCUACCAAGAUGGUGAUUGAGCCUGAGGUGAAGGAUCAACACACAGCAGGCCAGUCUGGAGCUAUUGCUUUGGUUGAUGACUUUCCAGCUGACCAUUGGCAGGAGGAAACCAAUGUCAUCCCCUUGCCCAUUUAUCCAGCAAUGCCUGCCACUGAUCGCCCUUCUUCAACACCUGCACCAUCCAACACUCAUGAACAUGUCCUUGCCCUUGCUGCUCAGGUCACUGCCAUGGAAAUGGCCAACCGGAAUGCUGUUGCCAGGGUCAAUGCGAUGGAACAGGACUUCAACUCACGUAUCUCCUCCAUGCGUCUCAAACUUUUGGUGAUGCAGCUCAAUGUCAGCACCACGGUAACAUUGGUCAAUGGACUUGUCAGCAUGGUAGAGAAGCUUCGGCAGAAGUCAUUCCAAAUCCAUUGUUCCAACCACCGACAAUGA